AUGGUAGAGAGUACCUAUGCGAGUGAUUCGCCCAGAUCGCGUUCUCCGAUGACGGAGCCGUCGAGCCCUCUUCAAGAUGGUCCCGGAAUAUCCGGCUACGGUCACCGAUAUCUCUACAACUAUUCGCCGGAAAGCCUGCAGCACAAGCUGAAGAACGACGAGCAGAACAAUGUGACCGUAAGGCGACACGACAUCGAUGGACGCGACAGAACGUUCUCCAGGAGUCCAGUGAGUUCCGACGAGAUGCGAUUCAGACCACGCGAGGUCUCCAAGCCGAGUUCCUCGGCCACCAUGUCCUCACCCACGUCCGCCUUCACGAUCGAGAAUAUCUUAGCGCCUAGACCUAUCGGGAACAUGACACCGACCAACACCAGCGGCCUCGGGUCCAUCAUUCAAAACCCGGAAGCCGUAGGAUCGCCGUCGAGGGCCAUCCAUCCUCUUCAGCAACAGAUCCACCAUCUCGCGUUCACGUCCGCUGAUUUGUUCGCCGCAGCGUAUCCUAGUUUAUACUCCGGCGGCUACGUGGCAGCAAUGGCAGCCGCCGGCGUUUCGCUUCAUGGUCAACCGGCCUUCUAUCACGCGGCUCAUCCCUAUCAAAUAAAUCCGAGCGCAGCGGCGGUUGGACCGAUGGCGAAGAGGAAGCGCCGCCAUAGGACGAUAUUCACGGAGGAACAGCUGGAACAACUGGAAGCCACUUUCGACAAGACACAUUAUCCGGACGUGAUACUGAGAGAACAACUCGCGCUUCAGGUCGAUCUCAAGGAAGAACGAAUCGAGGUGUGGUUCAAGAACCGACGUGCCAAGUGGCGUAAACAGAAACGGGAAGAGCAGGAACGUAUGCGGAAACUUCAACUGGAACAACGUCAGCGCGCCGACGACAACGUUCCAACGCCUACGGUCAAAGUGGCCGAACAUUUGACGCUGGCCAGGCAGCAACAGCAACAGCAACAACACGAACAAGACACCGACAGCUCGGACCUGGAAGUGGCGUGUUGCAGAGGACAGAAAUGAAACGAAAAUGAACGAUCAUGCUUCACCCUUGCAGCAUAACUUAUCGAUAAGUCGUGCGGUUUCCGCUCUCUUGUGCUUCCACUUUUUCAUCUGUUUUUUCUUCUCCUCGUCGUACGGGCACUCGACUUUAGUCACUCUUUUAGCUCUAUCUUUCUUCUCGGCUCUUGUGACGUGGAACGCGGAGGGACCUACAUCGACGACCUUCAAUAUUUCGAUAGGGUUCAGAGCAAACUGGCUGCAUUCCGGCGAGCCAAUAGUCAAUACCAGGACCGUGAUGAACUUCAAGAAAUACGUGGCUCUUAACAGAUAA